UUCAUCACAACUUGCUAAAUUAACGAAACUCCAUGGUCUUCCACGUGCGAAUCGCUCAUAUUUUGCGAACACAAGGAGUGCGCUAUUCAUCAUCUGCAAAAAUGCCGAUUCAGACAUUCUUCGACAUAACAAUUGGUGGCAAACCAGCUGGCAGAAUUGUCAUGGAGCUGAACAAUGAAGUUGUUCCAAAAACUGCUGAAAAUUUCCGUGCCUUGUGCACUGGAGAAAAAGGAUUUGGAUUUAAGAAUUCCCCAUUCCACCGUGUAAUUCCAGGCUUCAUGUGCCAAGGUGGAGAUUUCACUAAACAAAAUGGCACAGGAGGCAAAAGCAUAUAUGGGAACAAAUUUGCAGAUGAAAACUUCAUUCUCAAGCACACUGGUGAAGGAAUUCUGUCCAUGGCAAAUGCAGGCCCAAAUACAAAUGGAUCACAGUUUUUCUUGUGUACAGCAAAAACACCAUGGUUGGAUGGUAAACAUGUGGUAUUUGGUCAAGUUACAAGUGGUAUGGACGUUGUGAAGGCAAUUGAAAAAGUUGGUUCCCAAAGUGGCAAAACUAGCCAGCCUGUGAUGGUUGCUAACUGUGGAGAAUUAUAAAUUUAUUGUCUUCGAAGGAUGUAGGACUCAAUAGGAGCAGUAUUUUAAGCAAGAAAACUUUUAUUGCCUACAUUUUUUUUUGCGAUCAAAAUUUGCUAUAAAAGUGCUACAAAUAAGUGUUGGUAUUUUAUCUUGUAAGUAUAUCUCAUCAUUGCUUACAAUACCUACCUCAUGAUGCAAUAAAUUUUUUACUUACUUUUGUUUUUAUUAAGAAUUUCUGUUCUUUGGAAUUCUAGUCAUGUAUUGCGUGUUUUUCACUUAAUGACUCUUUACUUGACCAAAAUCAACUAGUUAAUCGAGUGAACGAAAGAAACAUAAAAUCAUGUUAAACCCUUGUUGAUGAUACUGUGAAAAAUGAAAUCCUGAAAUAUAUAUAAUUCUAAUGAUUCAUUUGGUACAAUUCAGUAGAUUCGCACCUUUAUUUUCUCUGUUUGUACUUUAAUCGGCAUAAAAAAGGAAAUCAAAAGAAAUAAAAGAUACGGAACAA